CAAGGUUUUCGAUACUUGAAAAUGUUUCAUUGAUUCUGCUGAUAAAUCUAGUUAUAAUUAUGCUCACAAAUGCAAUAAUAACCACACAUCAUCCAUGUUCAGCAUUUCAUGCAUCCACGGAGAUUUCAAAUAACCUAGUUUGUGACAAUGUUACCCUUACACUCGCCUCAACCGAUUUCGGCCUUACGAUUCACGAGAAGCCUCUGGCGGUUCUUGAACCAACGUCAAUAACUGAAAUAUCAGAACUAAUAAAAGUGUCAAAUUCCCUUUCUACCCCUAUCACAAUAGCAGCACGAGGGCAAGCACAUUCGGUUCACGGUCAAGCGAUGGCGCGUGAGGGGAUAGUGGUGAACAUGACGCAUCUAAACGGUUACAGGCACGGGAAGGGGGUUGUUAUAUUUCGCGAUGAGAAGGAUCCGUGGAAUUCUUAUGCUGACGUGGGCGGUGAACAGGUGUGGAGUGACGUGUUAAAUGCAGCACUUGAAUAUGGACUCACACCGCUGUCUUGGACUGAUAAUUUGUUCACUUCUGUUGGCGGAACCCUCGUCAAUGCCGGAGUCGGUGGUCAAACAUUCAAGUUUGGUCCUCAGAUUGCCAAUGUUUAUGAACUAGAUGUUAUUACAGUAGAAGGUUUUCUUAUGAUAAACCAGUGGCCGAAUAUCAUUUCCUUUUUUCCAACACAAGAUCUGCCUCGCAUAAAUUCCUUAUUAGCCCAACAUAACAUCCUCUAUGUCUUGGAGCUUGCCAAAUAUUACAACAACAGUACUCAAGACCAAAUUGAUCUGGAUGUUGAACGUUUGGUGACGGGAUUAAAGUAUGUUCCUACAUUUAAAUAUGAAAAAGAUGUGUUGUACCAGAAUUUUCUACAUAGUUCUGAGAAUCCAGGACAAGGACUUCCUGAAGGACCUCAAUCUUGGUUGGAUAUUUUUGUUCCAGGAUCUAGAAUCUCAGAUAUAAAUGAAGGGGUUUUCAAGAACAUUAUCUUUAAACAAAACCUUACUGCCAACGGAAUCAUACUAGCCUUCCCCAUGAACCGAACAAAGUGGAAUGAUAAAAUGUCAGUGGCUAUACCUGAUGAACAAGUCUUUUAUCUUGUGAGUGUUCUGCAAGAAGUUACAUAUGAUACAUUGAAGACAUUUGAUGAGCAAAAGAAUCAAAUAUUAGAAUUCUGUAAAGAUUCAGGCAUUGGAAUCAAGCAAUAUCUUCCACGAAACAAAACUCACGAAGAAUGGAUUCAACAUUUUGGUUCCAAGUGGCAAAAUUUCAAAGACACAAAAAAUAAAUUUGAUCCUAAAAGAAUAUUGGCUCCGGGACAAGGGAUUUUUAACUGA